AUGACCAUUGAAAUAUCUAGUUUAGACAAAAUCCGAGAUUCACUUUAUGAAUUGUUAAACACCUACAUUUUGCCAUCAAAUCUGAUGAAGGAGCAUCGAAGUGUGAUUGGUUCGAAAGCAAUUAUCCAUAUUGAAGCUUUUGUGAUUAAUGCAAUGUAUAUUAUUGGACGUCAUAAAGAAGGACUCAAUCAGGAAACAUCCCAUCAAGGGAAGGCAGCACCUCGUAAAGAGGAGAGAGCUAUAAUAAAUCCACUUGUAUCUUAUGACCGAAUUGCCGAUUUAGUAAAAAGACCAAGAAUUCGUGAACUAGAAGGUGGAAUAUGUUUUACUAAAGUUAUGAAGGUUAUUUCUCAACAGAAGUUUUAUGUCACUACUGUAGGAGAACAAUGUAGGAGAAAACAAAGUUGA